AUGACGUCCACCGGCUCUGGCUGGGCACAGCUCCGCCAACAGGCCCGGUCUCUAGAGACUCAGCCUCCACCAAAUCCUACGGAAGAAGAGUUGCGUAUUGAAUCCCAGCUGAAAGAUCUCCUCGAACGACGUGAUGCACUCAUCGCUCAACUCUCCCGUCUCCUCGACUCAGAAGCUACCCUGACCUCUUCUGCCCUGAAGCAAAAUAACCUGUCACGCCAUCGCGAGAUCCUUGCAGACCACCGCCGCGAGCUCCAACGAUUGACAUCUGCCAUCGCAGAGUCGCGUGACCGCGCAAACCUCCUCUCCAAUGUACGCUCCGAUAUCGACGCCUAUCGCGCCUCAAAUCCCAGCGCUGCUGAGGCCGAGUACAUGAUCGAGGAGCGGGGACGAGUCGAAAACAGCCACAACAUGAUAGACGGUGUUCUCAGUCAGGCCUACGCAAUCAAUGAGAACUUUGGUGUUCAGCGGGAGACUCUAGCUAGUAUCAAUAGACGUAUUGUCGGUGCUGCUAGCCAGGUUCCAGGCAUGAAUUAUCUGAUGGGCAAGAUUGGUACCAAGAAGCGGAGGGAUGCUAUCAUCCUCGGCGCAUUUAUUGGCUUCUGUUUCUUAAUGGUGCUCUACUUCCGGUGA